GUUAUAUUUUUAUUCGCCAUGAGAAAGACCUUAAAUGCACAAAAGCAAGACCAAUCAAAUUCCAAAGUGCAAAUAGAAACCCAGCCGAGGACAGGAGCCUCCGUUCCUUUGUUAUAUUAUGCUUGCCUGAUAAUAUCGAAGCUGAAAAUCAAUGGCUUCUUGUACCUCGGCCUCAGUCAAAGCCCAGGAUGAUCAGGUUCUGGUGGAAGAGACCUUGUCUGCAAGAACUUUGAUAUUAAACAGGCCUAGACAGUUGAAUGCCCUUUCCAAUCAAAUGGUUUCUCGCCUACUGGAGCUUUUCAUUGCUUAUGAGGAGGAUCCCAAUGUCAAGUUGCUUGUUCUUAAGGGAAAUGGAAGAGCAUUUUGCGCAGGUGGUGAUGUUUCUGCUGUGGUUCGUUAUAUUCGUGAAGGUGAUUGGAAAUUAGGUGCCAAGUUCUUUGCGAAGGAAUACAUUUUAAACUAUGUGAUGGCAACAUAUGCUAAACCCCAGGUUUCUAUCCUUAAUGGAAUUGUCAUGGGAGGUGGUGCUGGUGCUUCUAUACAUGGAAGAUUUCGUGUUGCAACUGAGAAUUCGGUCUUUGCAAUGCCUGAAACAGCUCUAGGACUCUUCCCUGAUGUAGGUGCCUCUUAUUUCUUGUCAAGACUUCCUCGAUUCUUUGGAGAGUAUGUUGGACUUACAGGUGCCAAAUUGGAUGGUGCUGAAAUGCUGGAGUCUGGCCUUGCAACUCACUUUGUCCCAUCAGCGAAGUUGUCUUUGUUAGAAGAAGCAUUACACAAAGAAGAUUCAAGUGAUCCAGUGACUAUUUCAUCUAUCAUUGAUAAAUACUCUCAGCAACCAUAUUUGAAAGAGCAAAGUGCCUGUCUACGGUUGGAUGUUAUUGAUAGAUGCUUCUCUCGGAGAACAGUUGAAGAGAUUUUAUCUGCCCUUGAGAGGGAGGCCAUGAAUAAGGCAGAUGCUUGGAUAACUACCACUAUUCAGUCACUGAAGAAGGCUUCUCCAACAAGUCUUAAGAUUUCUCUUAGAUUGAUCAGAGAAGGAAGGCUCCAAGGUGUCGGUCAAUGCCUUGUUCGUGAGUAUAGAAUGGUUUGCCAUGUAAUGCAGGGAAAACUUAGCAAAGAUUUCUUUGAGGGUUGCAGAGCUAUACUGUUGGACAAAGAUAAGAACCCAAAGUGGGAACCUUCUAAAUUGGAGCUCAUCAGUAAUAAUAUGGUUGAGCAGUACUUUUUGAAAGUAGUUGAUGAAGAAUGGGAAGAUCUAAAGCUUCCUGCUCGGUUCCACCUGCCUGGAUAUGCUGCUGCAAAGCUUUAAGCAUCAGUUUCUAGCAAAUCAUAUUACUUGGUAGUUUGAUAAGGUAGUUCGUGAAAUGCCCAUAUAGUUGGCCUUCAUAAUGAGGGAUGAAAUAAAAUUCUUUUACUUUUACCCCUUUGUUGUAAUUUGUUGAAGAUGGUUAUUAACUUAUUAUUCCUUGCUAGUUUCUCUCGUGGAUAUAUUUUCAAAUAAAAAGUUCAAACCUUAUAGCU